AAGAAGAGGUGGUUUAUCCUCCGGAGCGGGCGCAUGAGCGGAGAUCCCGACGUCCUGGAAUACUACAAGAAUGACCACUCCAAGAAGCCCAUCCGGGUGAUCAACCUGAGCUGCUGCGAGCAGGUCGACUCCGGGCUGACCUUCAACAAGAAAGAGCUGCAGGACAGCUACGUCUUCGACAUAAAGACCAGCGACCGCACCUUCUACCUGGUGGCCGAGACCGAAGAAGAAAUGAACAAGUGGGUCCGGAGCAUAUGUCAGAUCUGUGGAUUCAACCAGUCCGACGAAGGCACAGAUUCAUUGAGAAACCUGCAAUCGGUGAACCACGGUCCUCGUUCUUCACCUGCCGAAUUCAGCAACACCCACCACCUCCUCAGGGAACGCAAGUCGUCCGCCCCCUCCCAUUCCAGCCAGCCUACCCUGUUCACCUUCGAACACCCUUCCAAUCACAUUCACCAGACAACCUUAUCUGCCAGCGCUCCCCAGGAUUACCUCUUCCUACACCAAUGUAUGAGCCGCAAAGCCGAAAAUAUGAGAAGUGCCAGCUUCUCCCAAGCCACCAGAUCCUCCUUCUUCAUGCGUAGUGAUACGGCUGUGCAGAAGUUGGCCCAGGGAUACGGACACUGCAUGAACGGGGUCAGCGGCCAGGUCCAUGGCUUCUAUAGUUUACCAAAGCCGAGUCGGCUCAAUUCCGAGCUCAGAGACAGUGCCUACGACCUCCCGCGGAGCUUCGGCUCAGACACUCCAACCAAGUCGAGCCUCACCGGGCUGGAAUCUGAAAACGAGGACGUUUACACCUACAAAACACCUAGCAACGCCCUUUGUAAAGAGUUUAGCGACCUUUCGACGGACUCGUGUGACCUUCCCGGGACGCCGCUUUCCGUUUAUCAAAUCCCAAGAACUUUCACCUUGGACAAGAAUCACAAUGCUUUGGCGUCCAAUGACUUCCAUAAUGCUCCUCCUCCGAGGCCCCCCAAGCCGGGGCAGCCGGAGACCCGCUGGGGAAGUCCUCAGCAGCAUAACGGGGACAGUAUUGGUGUUGUUUCCGUCAACAUUCCGAGGAGGAACACCUUACCAGCCAUGGAGAAUCGACGCCAUCGAGCGUCCUCUUGUGAAGCCUAUGACUAUCCUCAUCUGGGAGACUUAAGUGUGGACCAGUCCGUGGAGUCCAUCAACGAUGGUUUCAACUCCUACCUGCAAACAAAGUCCUCCAUGACCCGCUCGGAAAGUGCGGAUUCAGAAGACAACUAUGUCCCCAUGAACCCCGGCUCCUCCUCUCACUUCAACUCCGAGAAGCUGAACGACAAUGCCCAGAGCGUUUAUAUCCCCAUGAGCCCCGGGCCGCACCACUUCGACUUCCUGGGAUUCUCCUCCGCCACACUUCCUGCCCGCAAAGGAAGUACCGCCUCUCUGUGUCAGAGACCGACUCGAGUCAGUGAAAUCCAGCCACCUCCAGUAAACCGGAAUCUCAAGCCUGAUAGGAAAGCAAAACCCACACCCCUGGACCUUCGAGCUACGGCGAUCAUUGAUGAACUCCCAUUCAAGUCUCCAGUCACCAAAUCCUGGUCAAGACAAGCCCACUCCCUAAAAUCCAGCUCUUCUCAAUACUGCCGCCCGGUGUCCACGCAGAGUAUAACCAGCACCAGCUCUGGGGACAGCGAAGAGAAUUAUGUUGCUAUGCAAAAUCCCGUCUCGGCAUCCCCUGGAACCAGCGGCACCAACAGCCCCGCCCAGAAGAAGAGUACCGGCAGCGUAGACUAUCUGGCUCUAGACUUUCAGCCAGUGUCGCCGAGUCCUCACAGAAAGCCAUCAACGUCCUCCAUAGCCUCAGAUGAAAAGGUGGACUAUGUCCAGGUGGACAAGGAGAAGACCCAAGCCUUGCAGAACACCAUGCAGGAGUGGACAGAUGUGCGCCAGUCCUCAGAGCCUGCCAAAAGCGGGAAGCAAUGAUAAAGCCCCAUCCCUGGAAAUGGAACUGGGUGUUAACAAGAGCCUCCAGCCUGGCGUCCUGAUCAGCAACCACAGUGGGGACUUUCAUUGCUGCUCCUUUGUUAGCUAGUCUGCCUUUAGCCCAUAGAAUGAAGUCCUAGCAGUGCAGUGCAGAUGACCACACGCUCGGUCCGGUGAAGCAGCAGAGCUGCGCUCCAACACUUACCAAGAAUAAUGCUUCAGUCUGAAUAUUUAUCACAUCAAUGGACCACAGAUUUUAUCUGGACACCUGAAGCUGUAUUAUAGAUUACGUUGCACCUGAUCAUGCGUUUGAUUUUAAAGGGCACCCAUGACCAUGAAGAAAUAGAAGCAGCCAUUUUGGAACGUGUCUAAAAUUUCAGUUUACAAAGUAAUU